AUGAUAUCGGCAUAGCCAUACUGAUAGUGAAAAAAUUUUAAUUAAUUUUAAGUGAGUGGAAAGUAUUAGUUAAAAAAGUAGGUCACAUAAAAAAUGGCAACUAGAACGAAUACUAUUGAACGUAAUGCCAAUGGCACCACCAAAUCCUCGUCGCUUCGUGAAAUUUGCGCGCGAGCAAUGACAAAAUCCGAAUGGGAAGACAAGGAUGAAUUUCUAGAUGUUAUCUACUGGUCACGCCAGGUGUUUGGCAUCAUACUCGGCAUCAUCUGGGGAAUAGUGCCGUUGAAAGGCUUUCUGGGCCUCGUACUUUUUGCCGGCAUUAGCUGUGGCGUUGUCUACCUGUAUGCCAUAAACUUCCAGAACGUGGAUGAGGAUGCUUACGGCGGUGUGUGGGAACUAGUGAAGGAGGGCUUUAUGACAUCCUUUGCCGGCUUUUUAGUGACGUGGAUCAUCUUCUACACCGGACUGCACUACGACACAAUAAUGGCCACAAAGAACUCAUAAUACUAACCAUAUCAAUGAAGACCACGCUGCAAUACAAGCAAUAACAAUAACCAAUUCCAGAGUCCAAAUGCUAUUCCCGCAAAUGCAUUUUGCAGAGCCAAAGCAUAUUUACUAAUUGCCCAACUUAAAUAUACCUAUUUUGUCCGUUUGUAAAUUGUU